AUGUGCAGCUACAGAGAGAAGAAAGCCGAACCUCAUGAGCUGAUGCAGCUGGAGGGUUACACGGUGGACUACUGCGACCCUCAGCCAGGUCUGCAGGGCGGCCGGGUGUUUUUUAACGCGGUGAAAGAAGGCGACCUGGUGAUGUUUGCGUGCGAUGACGAGCAGGACCGGCUGCUGUGGGUUCAGGCCAUGUACCGAGCCACCGGACAGUCCUACAAACCGGUCCCACCGCCUCAGAACAAAACCACCAACUGCAGAGGAGGGAACCAGAAACCUGCGUCUCCCAUCAGUCUGGACCCCUCCCAGCGUCAGGGAGUAGAGGAGCUGAUCUCUGCGUCUCCGUGUCGGUUCGACCACGCCGCUCUGUUCACCAUCUUACAGAAACACACUCUGCAGCACCGCAUGAACGACUCCUUCUCCUGCCUG